UGAUCUGAUGAACGGAUAUAGAAGUUAUCACAAUCAAUAUUAAAUUCAAUUCUGGGGCGAUAAGGCCAGUCAUGGGUACGAUAUGUUAAUAGACAACUUUGUCGUGUGAUAUCGCACGUUUUCCUCGCACCUGUAAACAGUUGUGUAUUGCACGUGAUGGACACGUGGGGUUAUGACAGCUGACGGGCAUGUGUGUUUAGUGAGAUGAGAGCCACGUCGAUUUCAGCUGACACACGUGUACAGGUGUUAGAGGCGAAAUGAAGCGGUGUCAAUUUCGUCAUUGGGUCGACCACUAUAUAAAGGAUUCUUAACUGGAGGAUAAAUAGCCAUGCGGUUCCAUACACGUUCGAUUUCACGUCAUGGCCAUACUCUAUAUUGACAGAGAUAUCUAUUUAAUGUCUCCAACCAGAGAUUAAAGCUAGCAGCGAACAAAUAAAUUCAAUAACAUGGAUAAUUCAUUGACGGGGGUUUGGGAACAAAGAGAGCCAUCGGGCUUGACAAACGCUACGACGACGGCGAGGAUCCCAGGGGACAGGAACACUGUCGACGAGGGUGGAGGAUCUAGGGACAGAAUACGGGCGGCUUCUGAUCCUGUGGGGUCGGGACAAGGUUACGGUGCCAAGAGGAGUGACGUGAUUGAAGAAGAAGACGAAUCAGAAUCGAAAGAAAACUCGAGACCAAGCAGCGCGGAAAUCCGUGGUCUGGAAAACACUAGAGCUGUGAGUCGUGGUGUUAGGCCAAAAUCCCCCGUCGACGAUGGCGUAACGACAGAAACCGACAACGCCAUCGCAACAGCCGAGGCUCUGACUGAGCUUAUCGAAGAACGCCUCCGAAGCAUCCGAGGUAAUUCUAAUGUUGGACAAAAGAGACCAUUAUCUGGAAUAAAGUCCCCAAGCAGACCUUUAAGCGGAAACGGUCAAACUGGUCCUCCUUUAAAUGGUGAUGGUAGGAGGAACAGGCCGUCUAGUGGACACAGGCUACGUCAAUUAAGUGGGACGCCGGACAACAGCGGGAACAACUCUGGACGUCCGUUAAGUGGAACAAAAUCUUCAAGCCGACCUCAGAGCGGAAACUCCCGACCCUCGAGUGCUGUAGGCAGUUCGGGUCGGGUUUUGAGUGGUAGGGAGGCCCGUCUUAAUGCUCAGAAUGUAACAAGGCCUGCGACUGUUGUUAUCAAGAACUACGUCGACUCCGGUCCAUCGAGUGGUGUUAACAAUCAAGACACAAUAACUGCCAUCUUGCACACGGGCCCUAGACCGUCGUUCAGGACCUUCUUUCAGGUUUCCGACACUGUAACCCGGAUUCGGAAAUGGAGCCAGGCUAAGUACCGUCGUCGCCAGGCCUUGGAAUCCAGAGGGUCUUCGGAAUCGAGAAGAAGCAAGCGUUCGAGUGACUCGCGGAGAUCUCGCCACAGCACUCGACGUCUUCAAGAGAUGGCUGAUGCUGCUGAAAGUGCUCAGGAAGCGGAGGCGGCUGCCAAGAGAAGGAGGACAAGAACCUUCGCAUGGUACUCCCGAGUCAUCAAGGCCGUUGUCAAGCUAUGCCUGGACAUGCAGAAAUUGUCGAUGCAGAAGACAGAACAGACGCCCAUCUCGGAGAUGUACUACAUCAACAUCAGCGGCCCCAGCACCGGCAACGACGACCCCACGCAACAACUGUUCUUUGACAAGUCCUGGUUUUCUAGGAAGAGAGCGACAUCACGAGUGCCGCUGUGGGCCCAGGCAGUCACAAUCAAACACCCCAGGUUCCGGACGGAGGAGGACGUUCAGAGGUUACAUACGCUCCUGCUGAACAUGCGCAGUUUCAAAGAAAAGUUCACAGAGGACAUGCGUCUGAAGAUGUGCAAGGUCGUCCGGUACACUCAGUGUGACGCAGGCCGGGUGGUACUGAGACAAGGCCACUAUGGACAAGACUUUUACUUCAUCUUCACCGGGUCCGUGUUCAUCCAGAUAGACUUGGAGGACCCCUACACCGGCAACGUCACCACCACCACCGAGAACAUCAUCAGGAACGGAGAAUCCUUUGGGGAAAUCGCCCUGAUGGGUGACGGCGAGCGGUCGGCCUGUGUGAUCUGUCGGGAGCCCACUGAGUUGUUCCAGAUUGACAAGACCACCUUCAUGGACGUGUGCCCGGGCAUCUUCAAAGUAGAGCUUUCAGAGAAGAUGGCAUUCGCAAAGAAGUUCCCAAUCUUCAAAGGCUGGGACCCCGAGCAGUUCGAGAGCCUGUGUUUUAACUCCCAGGUGCUCUACAUCCCCCACGGCCGCACUAUAGAGCAGGACUGGUCAAAGGCCAACUACGUCUACUUCGUCAUGACCGGACGGGUGUCACUGCUGAAGCGGUUCAGUGUCAGCGACAUGUUGGACCUGACCGCUAAGGGCAUGAUGGACAAGGAACUGCACUAUCGGAAGCCGGACAAUGAGGAGGUCGGCGGAGGAAGCAGGACGAAACAGGCGUGUGUAGGCUGCAUCAGAGAGGGAGAAAACACGGACCUGCGUCUUCUGUCGCUGGAGCCGUCUACUUCCAUUGUCCCCAUCACACUGAUGAGCGAAGGCGUGAAGCUGCUCAGGGUUGCUGUGAGGACAUUCAAGAGGAUGUGUCCUCGCAGGCAGGUGGAGGACUACCUGAAAAAGGACUACAUGCCUAUAGAUAUCCCGACAAACUCUGAGAUCUGCGAGAAGGUAUUCAAGGACACAAUCUGGACGUCGUACAAGAAGAGUGUGGUGCGGACGGUGGAGUUGGAACAGUCGGGGUUUGCCAUCGCUCAUCUCCCCGCCACGGUGAAGGGGACGAGUGGAUGGGCGCGGUGGCCUGGAUUCGAUGACGAGGCAGAGGAGAAAACAGGACGCCUCACCUGCAAGACUACCAGAUCAUAUGUCGAUCCUUUCAUUGUCGUUAAAACACCUAAAGCGAAGAUUCGUCCAGAAUUACCAGUGCAGAGGAAGGCGAAUGAGAGGGGUAGAGAAGUGAAGCGUGAUAUCAUCGUGGAGACGGAAGAGGAACACGGGAUUCUCCCUAUUGUCAUACAGAAUGACCGCUCCAUGAUCAGCAAACCGCGCGGAGUGACCAACGGCAUGGAGCUGAGGACAAACGUCAGUCGACUGAUCCGGCAGGAGGAGAUGAACCCCAGCACCAAGAACGUGUUCCUGACUGAGCCGGAGAAGGAGUGAACAGCGGUGGUGAAUAGCAAUGCGAAUAGUGAUGUGAAUAUUGACUGUGAAUAAUGUACCUGGAGUGAUACUCAAGAUACAGGUGAGCUAUGGUGGAGCCACGUAACAUGUUGGGUUAUGGGUGAAAUGUGGUCGAGCCGGAUUAACGGUGUCCGGAUUAAUUAUGUCCGGAUUAACGGUGUCCGGAUUAACAGGGUCCGGUUUAACGGUGUCUGGAUUAAUGAUGUCCGGAGUAACGGUGUCCGGAUAAAUAGGGUCUGGAUUAACGGUGUCCGGAUGAACGGUGUCCGGAUUAACGGUGUCAGGAUCAACAGGGUCCGGAUUAACGGUGUCCGUGCUAACGGGGUUUGACUUUAUUAUUGAUCUGUCUGAUGACUUUAAGGAAGAAUGAGGUUCAGAUUUCGUUGGAACUUAUAACAUGGAUAUGUAUAGAAAGUAAAACUAGGACGACACUAAACCAGUACUGAAGGUCAGUCAGACUGACAGUGAGAAGUUCAACAGACAGCAAACAAGGGCAGCUAAGCCAACAUUGUGCCUAUGAUGUAGACAGUCCUUCGAUGAAUAAGCAACACUUAGUAAUUGCUGGAAAGGGUGCACGGGUGGCUCAGUCGCCUAAGGCGCUGCAAUUCGCUUUGCGGAGUUGCGUGCCUUGGACACACCAGAAACCUAUGAUUGUGGGCUCGAGUCCCGGUUCGCCCCGAUUAUGUUUCUAGGUUUGUAAGCACCAUACCGGUGCUCGUGGGUUUCACCGAAGUGGUAAACGUCUCAUGCUGUAAUCCAGUUUGCUUUUUUCAUUUUUCGUUUUUAUUACAUUGCCAACCUUGGAUCUUCGUAAACAUAAGUCAGCUGUUGUGGACAAUACAAAUUGGAACAUUAAUUGCUGAGUAUGAGUGCUAUGAUGCCAGUCUUUUAAAGUACACAUAUGAGUGAAAGGUUACCGUCAUCGCUACGGGACCGCCUCCGUGGUCUAGUGGUAGAGCGUCCACCCGGAGAGCGGAAGUUCCGGGGUUCGAUCCCGGCCGCGUCAUACCAAAAGACGUUAAAAGAUGGUACUUGUUGUUACCCUGUCUGG